AUGGGGGAACUGUUCAGGAGCGAGGAGAUGACCCUGGCCCAGCUCUUUCUCCAGUCUGAGGCAGCCUACUGCUGCGUCAGUGAGCUGGGAGAACUGGGCAUGGUCCAGUUUAGAGAUCUGAAUCCAGACGUAAACGUGUUCCAGCGCAAGUUUGUGAAUGAAGUGAGGAGAUGUGAGGAGAUGGACAGGAAACUGAGGUUUGUGGAGAAGGAGAUCAAGAAAGCGAUUAUCCCAACCGUUGACACUGGAGAAAAUCCAGAGGUGCCUUUUCCCAGGGACAUGAUCGACCUAGAGGCCACCUUUGAGAAGCUGGAGAAUGAGCUGAAGGAAAUCAACACCAACCAGGAGGCCCUGAAGAAGAACUUCCUGGAGUUGACGGAGCUCAAGCACAUCCUCCGUCGCACACAGCAGUUCUUUGAUGAGAUGGAGGAUCCCAACCUGCUGGAGGAGUCAUCGUCCCUGAUGGAGGGCAGUGAGGGGGGCCGUGGGGCCCCGCUCAGACUGGGCUUUGUGGCCGGAGUGAUCGGCAGGGAGAGGAUCCCGACCUUCGAGAGGAUGCUGUGGAGAGUGUGUCGCGGUAACGUCUUCCUGAGGAAGGCAGAGAUUGAGGACCCUCUGGAGGACCCCGCCACGGGAGACCAAGUCCACAAAUCUGUGUUCAUUAUCUUCUUCCAAGGUGACCAGCUGAAGAACAGGGUGAAGAAGAUCUGUGAGGGGUUCCGUGCCUCCCUCUACCCAUGUCCAGAGACCCCACUGGAGAGGAAGGAGAUGCUGGCUGGAGUCAACAGCCGCAUCGACGACCUCCAGAUGGUGCUGAACCAGACUGAGGACCACCGUCAGCGAGUGCUGCAGGCCGCCUCCAAGACCAUGCGGGUGUGGUUCAUCAAGGUGAGGAAGAUGAAGGCCAUCUACCACACGCUCAACCUGUGCAACAUCGACGUCACCCAGAAGUGUCUGAUCGCUGAGGUGUGGUGUCCCGUCUCGGACCUGGACUCCAUCCAGUUUGCUCUUCGCAGAGGGACGGAGAGGAGCGGCUCGACGGUGCCGUCCAUUCUCAACAGGAUGCAGACAAAGCAGACUCCACCUACCUUCAAUAAGACCAACAAGUUCACGUCAGGCUUCCAGAACAUCGUGGACGCCUACGGCAUCGGGAACUACCGGGAGAUCAAUCCAGCUCCGUACACCAUCAUUACGUUCCCCUUCCUGUUUGCGGUGAUGUUUGGCGACAUGGGUCACGGCGCGCUGAUGACCUGUGCUGCCCUCUACCUGGUCAUCCGAGAGAGUCGCCUCGUGGCCCAGAAGAGUGACAACGAGAUGUUCAACAUGGUGUUUGCUGGUCGCUAUAUCAUCCUGCUGAUGGGGAUCUUCUCCAUGUACACCGGAAUCAUUUACAACGACUGCUUCUCCAAGUCGCUCAACAUGUUCGGCUCUGGGUGGAGCGUCAGGCCCAUGUUUAGCCCCAAAGGAGCCAACUGGACGUUUGAGACACUUGAUUCCAAUAAAGUUCUGCAGUUGGACCCAGCUGUUCCUGGUGUGUUCAACGGGCCUUAUCCACUCGGAAUUGACCCGAUCUGGAACGUUGCCACCAACAAGCUGACCUUCCUCAACUCCUUCAAGAUGAAGAUGUCCGUGAUCCUGGGCGUCAUCCACAUGCUGUUUGGAGUGUCUCUCAGUCUCUUCAACCACCUGUACUUCAAGAAGCCGCUGAACAUCUUCCUGGGCUUCAUCCCCGAGAUCGUCUUCAUGACCAGCCUGUUCGGCUACCUCGCCCUGCUGGUCUUCUACAAGUGGACGGCCUAUGACGCCUUCACCUCCAAGGACGCGCCCAGCCUGCUCAUCCACUUCAUCAACAUGUGUCUCUUCAACUACAGCGACCCCACCAGCAAGCCCCUCUACAGGGGACAGAUGGGGAUCCAGAUUUUGUUGGUGCUGAUUGCCCUUGCAUGUGUACCCUGUAUGCUGAUUGUGAAAACUAUGAUGCUUCGGCGUCAGCACCUGCGGAAAAUGCACCUGUCCCAGAAGAGGGAAGAAACCCCUGCAGAGAAUCUAGAGCAGUCUUUAGAGCAAACAGGCGUGUCCUCAUCAUGCACCGGGCUCACCCAACAGGGCACGCAGAAGUUCGGAGGGGUGCGGGUGGGCAACGGGCCCACGGAGGAUGAGGCUGGCAUUGUGGACCAUGACCACCUCUCCCAGCACUCAGAGGAAGGAGAUGAGCACCCAGAGGAAGAGCCGUUUGACUUUGGGGACGUAGCUGUCCACCAGGCCAUCCACACCAUAGAGUACUGUCUGGGAUGCAUCUCUAACACGGCCUCCUACCUGCGUCUCUGGGCCCUCAGCCUGGCUCAUGCACAGCUGUCAGAGGUGCUCUGGACCAUGGUGAUGCACCUGGGUCUGUCCUCCCGGAGUGGCGGCGGGUUCUUCGGCCUGUCUAUCAUCUUCGCGGCCUUUGCCACCCUCACUGUUGCCAUCCUGCUCAUCAUGGAGGGGCUGUCAGCCUUCCUGCACGCCCUGCGUCUGCACUGGGUGGAGUUCCAGAACAAGUUCUACACGGGCCAGGGCUUCAAGUUUUUCCCGUUCUCAUUUGAGAGCAUCCUGGAGGGACGAUUUGAUGAGUGA